AGGGAAAGGAGGAGGGAUAGACAGACAGGGGAGGGGGGAGAGAGAAAGAGACAGUUGGGAGAGACAGGGAGACGUGCAGUGAGUGUAAGCUCUGUGGGAGAGGAUGUCCCCAGUCCCUAUACCAGUGAUCUCCCCUGUGUCUCCUGCGCUGGUUCUGCGACCUCCUCCGGCUCCUCCUCUGCGACCCCUCGGCCCCUCCCCCAGUCGCUCAUUUGAUCGGACAUUUCCAUAACACAGACGGGGCGGAUCAGCCUUUGAGAAGGAGGAAAAGACAAAUCCCAGUUUAUUUUUUCCCCUCGCUCUUACUGAGCGGCCGGAUAAAGGAUUGUGCUGUGGAUUAAAGGCGCGAGGCUGGCAAUGGAAUAGGGAUGAUCUGACACAUUAUAUAUAUAUAUUAUACACUGGCAGAGCCUCAUUCCUCUCCCACUUGGAUGUAACAGUUGUGGGGGGGAAUCUGCUUUCCGCACGUGGAGGAUUUAAUUUCAAUGCCACAGAGAUCGCUGGUCCGGCGCAGAUUGCGCUCCAUUCAAUGCGCCGCCGGUCAGUGUUGUUUGUCGGUGUAGGAGCGCGGGGAGGCGGAGGCGGCUGGUUGUUGUUGUUGCUGCCGCCGGUGCUGCCGCUCGGAUCCCCCCCGUACACUUUGCAUCAGGAUCUCUUUGCCUAAAAGACUGGCGCAUGUUCCAGGUCACUUUGGCUUGUCGGAUCCCCAGCUCCCCCCGACCCUCCCGACCCCUCCGAGCUGCUGUUGCUGCUGGUCUCUGUCCGGCCUCGGAUCCAGGAUUCUUCAUGAUUUGCGGGCGACAUGCACGUUUUUUAGCCGGGAAGCCUUGCUCUCGUCCCGCAUGUUCAGGACCAAACGAUCGGUGCUCGUCCGGCGACUCUGGAGGAGUCGAGCUCCCGGGGAGAACGGGGAAGGGGAAGGCGGGGAGAGGGCGCAUGGAGCCGGCGGCUGCUGUCUGGGCAAAUCGGCGAAUAAGGUGCCCGGGAAGGCGCUGGUGGGCUCGGAGGCUGCAGAACUGAAAGCGCUCGCCCAUUGUGUCCUGAAGAAGCUGAAGGAGAAGCAACUGGAGGGGCUGCUGCAGGCGGUGGAGUGUAAAGGGGGAGCCCGCAGCCCCUGUCUCCUGUUACCCGCGGCCAAGCUGGACUCCAGGCUCGGGCAACAAGCCUUCUCUCUGCCGCUGCUCCUCUGCAAGGUCUUCAGGUGGCCGGAUCUCAGGCACUCGUCCGACGUCAAGCGACUUAGUUGCUGCGACUCCUAUGGCAAGAACAACCCGGAGCUGCUCUGUUGCAACCCCCACCAUCUCAGCAGACUGUGCGAGCUAGCGGAUUCCCCAGACUCUGUCCCUUCCUCCACAGAAACAGGGGGAACAAAUUUUUUGGCCCCUGAGGGGCUUUCAGAUUCCCAACUUCUUCACGAGACUGGGGACCCGUCCCACUGGUGCAUGGUGGCGUAUUGGGAAGAGAAAACGAGGGUGGGUCGCUUAUAUUCUGUCCAAGAGCCCUCCCUGGAUAUCUUCUAUGAUCUACCUCAAGGGAACGGCUUCUGCCUUGGGCAGUUGAACUCGGACAAUAAAAGUCAGCUGGUGCAGAAGGUCCGCAGCAAAAUCGGCUACGGCAUCCAGCUGACCAAGGAAGUGGACGGCGUCUGGGUCUACAACCGUAGCAGUUACCCCAUCUUCAUCAAGUCUGCCACACUGGACAACCCAGACUCUAGGACGUUAUUGGUCCAUAAAGUAUUCCCUGGAUUUUCCAUCAAAGCGUUUGACUAUGAGAAGGCUUACAGUCUGCAGAGACCUAAUGACCACGAGUUCAUGCAACAACCAUGGACCGGAUUUACUGUACAGAUAAGCUUCGUCAAAGGCUGGGGCCAAUGUUACACGAGACAGUUUAUCAGCAGUUGCCCGUGUUGGCUGGAGGUGAUAUUUAAUAACCGGUGACUCGGACACGAGCGGACAUCUGGACUCUCAACUACUUUGCUGCUAAUAUUUCCUCCUGAGUGCUUGCUUCUUCCCGCGGACUUGUUUUUACGUUUUUUGUUCGUUUUGAGAAAUAGCUUAUGUCAAGAAUGACCUUUUUCUCAUUCUGUUCUUGCCUGUGUGAAUGACUUCAGGCCGAGCUUUGCCCCGGGUAGGGGACGGGUGCUUGGGCAACGCGUGGAGUGUGCUUGUAAUGGUUUUUUUUUGGGGGAGGGUAUCGACCGCUUUCUUGUGCAAUGAAUAGAAGAUAUUUUUGUCUAGGGUGGGGGGUUAGGACUGGGCUGAAUUCAGUAUUUUUCUUUUGCAUAUGGGUGACCACUACUACGCCUCCCAUCUCCUAAGUAAGGGCACGGCUGUAUCAAGUAUUCUAGUGGGCGACUUUAGAGCGACAUCUAAGGUGUUUUUAUUGGUUUAUCCGUUGCAGGGAUAACGGGAAAGGAUGCUGAUGCUGUUGCUAAGCAACGGCAAGGCCAAUAAUAAUAAUAAAGGCACCUUAGGUUGCUCUGCUACUAUUUCUGCUGUCCUAUAGCGAAACGAGCACUGCAGACUCUUCAGACCAAUGUCUUUUAUUCACGACUGGUAAUUAUACAUUUCACAUGGAUCACUCUCCAGGUCCGCUCCCGACCCAAGGUGUAAACAUUAUUGCGGAGUCUGAUUUGCAGUGAUCUGUUGUCCUAUAUCCCCGAUAAAGACCAAACCCAAAAAAAAAAACUGCCAUGCUGUUACCUGCCCCCCCCCAAAAAAAAAAAAGAAAAUCAAAUAAUCCAAUUUCUUGGACAUGCGGUUUGUUGUUUUAAACAGACCAUUACAGGAUAACUGCCCAACUUGACCUUUCUCCAUGUUAUUUCAGUCCCCUUGGUGGAAAGGGUUAACACGUUAUUUAUUUUUUAUUGUUUUGCAUAUGUAUAUUCUGUGAGAAUCACAAUUUCAGGCAUGGUCCUUAACCCCUAGACUCUCAAAGGUGCAUUCGGUAGUAAAGGAGUUAAUCCCCUGACUUCAUGAUCUCAAUUGCAAUACAGGGAAUUGUGGAUCAGGCGGAGGGUAAUCCCUUAUAUGUUAAAUAUGGAACAUUGAGGCAAUGCCUCUUUUUAUUAUAGGUUCCAGAAAUUAUUCUGGGAGACCUGAUUGGUUGCUGGUUUUACCUCCACCAUAAUGCAAAUAUGACCAUGAUGUUGGUGAAUUACAACUCCCGGCAUUAUGGGACUUGUAGUCUAACAAUAUCUCGGAAGCCAAUGUUCAGUAAGGGACUAUCCUCCAAGACCCACAACCCCUACAAGGGGAAAUUAACUUUGCCUUUAUUUCUUUCAAUGACACAGUGUAUACACAACUCAUGAAUAUGUCUGAGAUGAAACAUACAGUAUUUGCUCUUUACUUUCUUCUCCUUUAUAAGGUACACGUUAUGCACAGGGAAGGGUUCAAUUUAAUUUUUUUUUUUUCCCUCGUUCAUUUCCUCUUAAUAUCAUACAUGGAGUGUGGUAACUUUAGCAUUUUCCUAGCUCAGUGAGCAUGUUUAACAUAAGCUAUUUUUCUAAAUCCCGAAGUUUAAACGAUCAAGAAAAAAAAGGGCACUCUUUGGAACUUAACGCAACGUAGUGCUUUGGAAAAAAAAAAACCCGAAAAGGAUUAAAAAAAAACACGUUUCACAAAAGGACAAAAAAAUGGACUCCUUAAAAAAAAAAAAACUGAGAUUUAUUAAAAAAAUUGUAUUUUAUGUUAUAUAUAUAAAUAUAUUAUUACUUGUAAAUAUAAAAGACGUUUUAUAAGCAUCAUUAUUUAUGUAUUGUGCAAUGUGUAUAAACGAGAAAAAUAAAAAAGAUGCACUUUGCUUAAUAUAAAUGCAAAUAACAAAAUGCCAAAUUAAAAAAACAAAACAAAACAAA